GUGAGUGACUUUCCUGGCUGGUUUGGUGUCCGUCAUGUGUUGAAGGUAAGGUUGAGCCUUACACGUGUUCUGUGGCACCUUUGUCUGGGGACCUGUACCGUGCCCCGCCCGCCCGCCUCCUCCUCCCCUCGUGCCCCGCCCGCCUCCUCCCUUCGUGCACCGCCCGCCCGCCUCCUCCCCUCGUGCCGCCCGCCCGCCUCCUCCCCUCGUGCCGCCCGCCCGCCCGCCUCCUCCCCUCGUGCCGCCCGCCCGCCUCCUCCCCUCGUGCCGCCCGCCAGCCUCCUUCCCUCGUGCCGCCCGCCAGCCUCCUUCCCUCGUCCCGCCCGCCAGCCUCCUUCCCUCGUGCCGCCCGCCAGCCUCCUUCCCUCGUCCCGCCCGCCCGCCUCCUCCCCUCGUGCCGCCCGCCAGCCUCCUUCCCUCGUCCCGCCCGCCAGCCUCCUUCCCUCGUCCCGCCCGCCAGCCUCCUCCCCUCGUGCCGCCCGCCAGCCUCCUCCCCUCGUGCCGCCCGCCAGCCUCCUCCCCUCGUGCCGCCCGCCAGCCUCCUCCCCUCGUGCCGCCCGCCAGCCUCCUCCCCUCGUGCCGCCCGCCAGCCUCCUCCCCUCGUGCCGCCCGCCAGCCUCCUUCCCUCGUCCCGCCCGCCAGCCUCCUCCCCUCGUGCCGCCCGCCAGCCUCCUCCCCUCGUGCCGCCCGCCAGCCUCCUCCCCUCGUGCCGCCCGCCAGCCUCCUCCCCUCGUGCCGCCCGCCAACCUCCUCCCCUCGUGUGUGGGCUGCUCCAAGGCGGGCGGGAGGAGGGUGCCGGGGAUGCUGCCGUCUCCCUGUGCACCAUAA